AUGACAACGUUGGCACUCUUAGUGGAAGGAAGUGCCUGCUCUUGGGGACGAUUGGCUGUUGCUCAUGGAAGCGAAACAAUAAAUGAUGUUAUUCGAGCAUUGAUUUCAUUUGCGAACGCACACCUCUCAAUGUCUGCUUUGAAUCAAUUGCUGUUGUUUGCGUUUGCAAACAAGAUAAAGAAAAGACUGCUGUAUAAUUCGCGACGUGGAGGUGCAGCAGACGCAUCCGCAGCAAUGUUGAAUGCGUUACGUGAUACUCUCCGGGACAGCGCUAAUUCAGACGACGAUAGAGUAGGAAGUCCGUUGGCAGCCGUUCUUUCUCAUGCUAUUUGUCAUUUGAAACGAGCAGACGCUAUGUCGACCACCAAUGGGGAUUCUGCACAAGUUUCUUGCAGUGGGAGAGUAGUUAUUAUUGCUCUGACAGUUGACUUCGGUACAGAACAUGGUAAGCAGUUCUAUCAACUCCAUAGCAUGGAUGAUGAACGUGUUGAACUUAGGUCGCUGAUCGAACGGCUGUUCUCUCUGCUGAAAACCAUGGAAUUGUGUUGA